AUGAAGGAAGAUUCGCCAGAGACAGUUCAUGAAUACUUUAAGGACCUCAGAAAGGCCUUUUACACAGAUAAGACACAUGAUAUCAAAUGGAGAAGAAAACAACUUGGCCAAAUAAUCCUCGCCUUCGAAGAAAUGAAAGAAGAGAUUUCAGUAGCUCUUGAGAAGGAUCUUGGAAGAGACCACUUUAUUAGUUUAUACCAGGAAAUCACAGCCAUUCCUAAUAGAGCUAAGGAAGAUUCUGCUAACCUUGAAUACUACAUGAAGCCAGAGAAGAGAGACACCCCAGUACUCCUUGCUCCUGCCAAGUCCAGGAUGGUCUACCAACCUCUUGGUGCUGUAUGCAUCUAUGGAGCUUGGAAUUACCCAUUUGUGACUACGUUCUCCCCGCUGAUCUGUGCUGUAGCAGCUGGAAACUGUGCAUUAGUGAAGCCAUCAGAGAUGGCUCCCCACUCGAGUGCAGUCAUGAGGACCAUUGUUGAGAAGUACCUUGAUAACGAGUGCUUCAAGGUUGCCGAAGGAGGCGCAGAGGUAUCUAUUGCAUGCUCUCAGAUGCAAUGGGACAAGAUUUGUUUCACUGGAAGUCCACAGAAAGGAUCAUUAGUCGCACAAGCCGCUGCUAAAAAUCUUGUACCUUGCUUACUUGAGUUAGGGGGGAAAUGUACAACCAUUGUUGAUGAAGACGCAAAUGCUCAAUUCGCUGGGUUCAAGGUGAUGUCUUCGAGGCUAGCUAACUCAGGGCAGAUCUGUACCUCUCCUGAUUAUGUUCUUAUUCAUGAAAGCAAGAAGGAUGAAUUCAUUGAGUCUGCGAAAGCUACUAUUAAAGAUAGCUAUGGUGAAGAUCCGCAAAAGGAUGUUUUCUACUCAAGAAUGAUCAACGAAUUCCACACUGAGCGAGUCUUCAAACUCUGCUCAGGUCAUGGAGGUAAGGUAGUCACAGGAGGCAAAUGCGAUAUUAAAGAUAGAUACAUGGAACCUACCAUUAUUGAAAACCCGUCUUUGGAUUCUGAGAUAAUGAAAGAAGAAAUCUUUGGCCCGAUCCUACCAGUUGUGACAUUCAAAGAUUUCCAAGAAGUUAUUGACCACAUGCACGAAAGAGAGAAGCCUCUUGCUAUGUAUUACUUCGGGUCAGUUUUCGGCGAGCAUAAGAAAAUCCUUGAGGAAAGAGUUCAAGCAGGAGGAAUGGUAGUCAACGAUUGCGUCAUUCAUGCUUUAAAUAACAGACUUGCUUUUGGAGGAGUUGGUCAAUCUGGGCAAGGAAGAUACCUAGGAAUAGAUGGAUUCAGAAACUUCUCAAAUCAGAAAGCCGUUCUUGUUAAGCCUACCAUCAAUAUAGAUUCUGUUAACAAAAUGAUAAUGCCACCAUUCACUGAAGAGGAAAAAGCUAAACUAAUGAACAUGCUAACAAUGCCAUACUACCAGAGUCAUGCCCAAAAGCUCCUCCUCGCCAUCGCCCUCGUGCUCACAAUCCUAACAUACCUCUUCGUGCUAUAAAUCUGCAAAAACCUACUCCUAAAAAUCUCCAAAAUGUCAUUUUCAUUUACUCCAUUUUCACAUAUCUUUCA